AAAAGAGAGAAAAUAUAAAUUAAGAAUAAUAGAGAUGGCGGCUCCUUCAAGGAAACGCAGCUCGUGCACACUGCGCCCCGCCGCCGCCGCUACCCAUGGGGGAGAUGCAGGGUGCGCUGGCCUGGGCCCGGCUCAAGUCUCUGCUGAGGCCCCGCCACAAAAAGAGGGCCGAGGCGCAGAAAAGGAGCGAGUCCUUCCUUCUGAGCGGACUGGCUUUCAUGAAACAAAGGAGGAUGGGCCUGAACGACUUUAUUCAGAAGAUUGCUAACCACUCCUAUGCAUUCAAGCACCCAGAAGUUCAGUCCAUCUUGAAAAUCUCCCAGCCCCAGGAGCCUGAGCUUAUGAAUGCCAACCCUUCUCCUCCACCAAGUCCUUCUCAGCAAAUCAACCUUGGUCCAUCAUCCAACCCUCAUGCUAAACCAUCUAAACCAUUUCAAAAGUUUCACUUCUUGAAAGUGAUUGGGAAAGGCAGUUUUGGAAAGGUUCUUCUAGCAAGACACAAGGCAGAAGAAGUGUUCUAUGCAGUCAAAGUUUUACAGAAGAAAGCAAUCCUGAAAAAGAAGGAGGAGAAGCAUAUUAUGUCAGAGUGCAAUGUUUUAUUGAAGAAUGUGAAACACCCUUUCUUGGUGGGCCUUCACUUCUCUUUCCAGACUGCAGACAAAUUGUACUUUGUCCUAGACUACAUUAAUGGUGGAGAGUUGUACUACCAUCUCCAGAGGGAGCGCUGCUUCCUGGAACCACGGGCUCGUUUCUAUGCUGCUGAAAUAGCCAGUGCCUUGGGUUACCUGCACUCUCUGAACCUUGUCUGUAGAGACUUAAAACCUGAGAAUAUUCUGCUAGACUCCCAGGGACACAUUGUCCUUACCGACUUUGGACUGUGCAAAGAAAACAUUGAGCACAAUGGCACGACAUCUACCUUCUGUGGUACACCUGAGUAUUUGGCACCUGAGGUGCUCCAUAAGCAGCCUUAUGACCGGACUGUGGACUGGUGGUGCCUGGGGGCCGUCCUGUAUGAGAUGCUGUAUGGCCUGCCUCCUUUUUAUAGCCGAAACACAGCUGAGAUGUACGACAACAUUCUGAACAAGCCCCUCCAGUUGAAACCAAAUAUCACAAAUUCUGCAAGGCACCUCCUGGAAGGCCUCCUGCAGAAGGACAGGAUAAUGCGGCUUGGUGCCAAGGAUGACUUUAUGGAGAUUAAGAGUCAUGUCUUCUUCUCCCUAAUUAACUGGGAUGAUCUCAUUAAUAAGAAGAUUACUCCUCCUUGUAACCCAAAUGUGAGUGGACCCAGCGACCUGUGGCACUUUGAUCCCGAGUUUACUGAAGAGUCAGUCCCCAACUCCAUUGGCAGGUCCCCUGACAGCAUCCUCAUCACAGCCAGAGUCAAGGAAGCUGCGGAGGCUUUCCUAGGCUUCUCCUACGCACCUCCCAUGGACUCCUUCCUCUGAACAAUCUUGUGGUUGCUUUUGAAGGAUUUUGUGUGUUUUAAAUGUUUUAGUUAGCCUUUUGGCGGAGCUGCCGGCUGACAGGACAUCUUUAAAAGAGAAUUUGCACAUCUCUGGAAGCUUAGCAAUCUUGCACAUUGUUUGCUGGAAGCUUUUGGAAGAGCACAUCCUCAGUGAGCUCAUGACAUUUUCAUUUUUAUUCUUACUUCCAACGUGGUGCUAUCUCUGAAAUGAGCAUUAGAGUGCCGCCUUAGAUACAGGAUUCUUGUCAGAAGGAAGGCGGUGUUCUAAGAGAAGGUUCUCCUGCAGGUUUAUCUAGGCUAUGAUAACGAGUAUUAUGAAGUGUGCCUUUUCUGAAGAGAUCGUGUUAGCUCCAAAGCUUUUCCUGUUGCACAGUGUUUCAGUUCUUUACUUUGUCCUUGUGGACUUACUCUGUGAACAGUGGAAUGAGUGUGGUAUGCUUGAUCACAGAUGAUGGAUUUUGUUAUAAGCAUCAAUGUGACACUUGCAGCACACUACAACGUGGGACAUUGUUUCUUCCAUAUUUGGAAGAUAAAUUUAUGUGUAGACUUUAUUUUUUGUAAGAUACAGUUAAAACUAAAUUUAUUGAAAUGGUUUUGCAAUGACUUAUAUUCAGAUGCUUAAAGAAAGCAUUGCUGCUACAAAUAUUUCUAUUUUUAGAAAGGGUUUUUAUGGACCAAUGCCCCAGUUGUCAGUCAGAGCUGUUGGUGUUUUCAUUGUUUAAAAAUGUCACCUGUAAAAUGGGCAUUAUUUAUGUUUUUUUAUUUGCAUUCCUGAUAACUGUAUAUAUUGUAUAAAGAAAAUCUGUACAUUGGGUUAUAACACUAGUAUAUUUAAACUUAUAGGCUUAUUUGUAAUGUAAACCACCAUUUUAAUGUACUAUAAUUAACAUGGUUAUAAUAUGUACAAUCCUUCCCACCACACAGCUAUUUAUGUGUGUGAUAAACCAAUUUUGGUUUGCAAUAAAAUCUUCUAAAAAAAAGAAAUAAUAGAAUCUCCUCACUUAAAAAGCUGUAUCACAUUUCCAUCAGUGCCUGGUAUGCUAAGAAUGGAGAAGGCUAUAGAUGUAAAAGUAAAAAUAAAACUCAGGCCAACCAUCCAGAAGACUCAUGCGAGGUGGUCAAGUUCCCUAAAAAGUAGAAACAACUUUCAACCAUCAGGGAGAGUUUUCUAACAUGUGAAGAUGGGACAUGUUUAUAAGAGAAAGAAGAUGGCCAUAAUUUUUAUUUUUGCCCAAAUGUACAUGGUUCCCAUGAGAUGAUUUAAAUAAUUCAUGAUUCUUUGAUUUAUUCAACAGAUGUGUAAACUGAUUCACUAUUAUUUGCCAAUCACUGUGCUUGGUUUUGGAGACUCAAAGAUGAAUUAAUAAUAGUUCUCAGGAAGUUUACAUAGUUUUUGUAAAGGGUAGCAUACAAGCAAAUAAGUGUAUGAAGUAUAGAUGUUUCUCCAGCCACUUUUAAAAAUUCUAUACAUUAACUAUUAUUGACCUCAUCCAGUCCCUCAAAUUCAAUACUCACAUAUGUGCAGUUGAUUUCCAACUCUCUAUUUUUACUGAAAUUUGUCAAUUAAAUGCAGUUUAAUACAUUCAAUAAUGAAUGAGCUACUAGGAUCAACAACUCAGGAUGCUAAUCUGUAGCACCAGCCACUCUCUGUUUUGUCUUGUAUAUAUCAUCCAGAAUUUUACAUCUACUCAAUUAACAUCCUAAAACUUCAAUGUUUAACCUAAACUCAGUCUCUACCUGCCCAGUUUAAUCUACAUCCUUAAGGACUUCAUGUUAUCUACUCUUCUUUAUCAUCACAGAUACUGAUUUAUUUAGUAGCAAUGUAUAGAGUUUUGCUCUUUGUAUUAUAAAUUUUAUGUUGUAUAUGACAUAACCAAAUAAAACUGGAUGGAGUAGUAAAAAUUAUUUUAUAAAGAGCAAUUAUAACUUCAGUCAUAGCUGAAUUGUGAAACUUAAACCUUAUCAUCAAGAUCUGGUAUAUAUUUUUCUCCAAAUGCUACUUGUUACUCUAUAUAGAUUUUAUUUUCCAUACAUGAAGGAAAUGUGAAUCUCCCAGAAGAAGGGAGAACUUAUAAGUUUUUACAAAAAAAAUGUUUUGAAUUGCAAAUUGCACAUCUGUCUGCAUGGGAUCAGAUGCCGUUCUUCAAAGCACUACUGCAUUCUUGCUCGAAACACAGGCAUUUCAGAUACUAAUUUUUUUUUUUGCAUUUAACCACAAACAUUUAUUGAGCAUGGUAGGUUCUAAAAAUAAAAUAAUGAGCAAAACACAGGAAUGGUAUGUUUCCGACCUCAGAGAGCUUGUACUCUAAUGGUGUGAUGUAAAAUAUAGUCAGUUACACUGAGAAGUGAUAUGAAGAAAAAGUCCUCUUAGAAUAAAGGGAGACUGUAAUAAAAAGAUCUGCAGGAGGAGACAAAGAUGAAGGAGUAGUUAAGACUUCACAACAGGAUGUGAAAAGGCCUAUUCAUUAGCAGAUACAAAUUGAAGUAGGAUUAAGUAAUAUGCUGCUUGCUCAGGGUGGCUCACACCUGUAAUUCUAGAUCCCAAAACUUUUAGGAGGAUACCUUGAGGCCUUGACUUUGAGACCAGCCAGAGCAACCAAAAGAAACUCCAUUUCUACAAAAAAUACAACAAUUAGCCAGGCAUGGUAGUGUACUCCUGCUGUCUCAGCUAAUCAGGAAGUUGAGCCAGGAACAUCAGUUGAGCCCAGAAGUUUUAGUAUGCAGGGGGCUACUAGCCUGGGCAACAGAGCAAGAGUAUCUCUCUAAAAAGAAGAAAAAGAAGGGCGGCGCCUGUGGCUCAGCGGGUAGGGCGCCGGUCUCAUAUGCCGGAGGUGGCGGGUUCAAACCCAGCCCCGGCCAAAAAAAAAAAAAAAAAAGAAGAAAAAGAAAAAAGAAGUGGCACACAAUCUGGCCGUGCUAAAAAUACACACAUGUGGAAAGAAGAAGUGAAACAAUCGGUAGAAGCAUAAACUAUGGCAGAUUUUAAACAGUCUGAACACUGAAUGUGCCCACUUGCCAUCAGGAAAGGCUUAACGGGAUUAAGCGUAACUUCUACUUGAGUUUAAAGAUGAAGCAAACAUAUGUGGACACGCAACAAAAAAAAACGAAAACACCUCACAUAAAAAUUAUAUUUUACUUUUCCCUAAACUCAGCACACACAGCAGCAGUUUAGGGAAGAAAACAAAUGAAAAAAUAAAGAAAAUGCCAUGAAGACUAAGUUGAACAGUUUGAUGAGAAUAUUUCAGAUUGUAUAUGAAACCAGCACAUUGUACCCCUUGAUUGCACUAAUGUACACAGCUAUGAGUUAACAAAAAAAAUAACAAUAAUAAUAAAAAAUUAAAAAAAAAGAAAAAUGAAAGCAGCCUUCUUGGGGAGGAGGGUGAAAAUCCAGAGAAAGAAGAAAAUACCAAAAAUAUCUAUUUUACAACUGAAAUUUAUGAAACAUAAAAAAAAACCAACAAAAGAGAACCCAUGCUCAGGAAAAAUUACCAAAAUAAUAAAUAGAAAGCACCUGCAAGUGACCCUAGAUGUUGGACUUAGGGGAUAAAGACUCAAAGUAACUAUUAUUGAAAGGUUAAAAUUCAAAGGGGGAACUAUGCUUGAGGAAUUAAAUUAUAAAAACAAUGACAUAAAAAUAGUUAUCUAAACAAUGGCAUAGAAAUGAUUAAAAAAUAAAAUUUCUAAAAAUUUGAAGUAAAAUAACCAAAAUGAAAUGUGUACCAGAAGAGCUCAAUAACACAUUAAGAUAGCAGACAUAAGGACCUCUGAACCUGAAGUUGAGCCAACAGAAAUUUUGUAACCUAAGGAACAGAGGGAAAAUGAUUGAAAAAAUAGAAAUCACCUCACAGACAUGUGGGAUGACACAAAAUUUAUCAAAAUACAUGCAAUAGGUCUUCCAGAAGGAAAGAAGACAGAUGAAAAGAGAAAAAAAAUUAAAAAAUAAUUAGGGGAAAAAAUUUAUAAUUCUAUAAAAACAUUAAGGUACUCAUUGUUGUUCAGUGAACAUCAAAUUAAAUAAAUAAAGUGAGAUCCACACAUAAACACAUCAUAAACAAAUUUCUGAAGGCUACAAUCGAAGAAAAACUUUUUGAAAGCAUCAAACAAUAAAUCAAUCAUCACAGAAGAAAUGCUUUCAAAAUGAUUAAUAGUUGAUUCCUUAUCUGAAAUAACAGAGAGCAGAGGACAAGACUGACAUGUGGAAAGCUCUAAAAGAAAAAGAAACCGUAGGGGUGGCGCCUCUGCCUCAGUGAGUAGGGCGCCGGCCCCAUAUACCGAGGGUGGCAGGUUUGAACCUGGCCUCAGCCAAACUGCAACAAAAAAAUAGCCAGGCAUUGUGGUGAGCACCUGUAGUCCCAGCUACUUGGGAGGCUGAGGCAAGAGAAUCACCUAAGCCCAAGAGCUGGAGGUGGCUGUGAGCUGUGACUCCACAGAACUCUACUGAGGGUGACAAAAUGAGACUCUGUUUCUAAAAAAAUAAAGAAAGAAAGAAAAAGAAAACUGUAAACCUGGAAUUCCAUUUAAAGCAAAA